AUGGUUGAUUUUCAAGAUUCAACGCCAUCUGAUAUUGAUCAAAUGAUUAUAUCAAUCGAUGAUACAUCAAAUGAUCAUCUCGAACCUAUUGGCAAUAUUGAAACUUCUAAUAUUCAACAAUACCAUGGAAAGAAGCCCAGAAUUUCUCGCCGUAAUUUUAACAUUCUUGGAAUGACCUCCUCAGAAGAGCCUAGCAUAUGCCCAAAUGUUCAUCUCCUUGCUGAAAAUUCAAAAGAAUCUACACAAUUAAAUAUUUCAUACAGUUCUUCUGCUGGCUCAAAUUAUUCUGUAAAUUUGUCGAAAGGAAAGUCAACAAAUGCACGAACAGAAACAAGUCAAAUUUCUGAACAACUUAUGGUCCAACAGGUUCUUCUUGUUGAUCAAUCACAAUCAAGUGCUCAAAAAAAUAUGCGAAGAUGUACUUUUGGCAGAUUACGUCGUCAUAAUGUUGUACAUAGACAGAUAUUACAAAAUGUUCCAGUUGAAGCAAAUUAUUUACCAAAUAUGCCACAUUGUCAGCAUUGCAAAGCAAAAAGAUUCUUUCAUGAAACAAACAAUUUCUGCUGUGCUGAUGGAUCAAUCUCUUUGGUUACAAAUGAUGUUCCAGAUCAACUCUAUAAUCUGUUUGUUUCAAAUACUGCUGAAUCUACACAAUUUCGGACAUAUGUUCGAACGUACAACAACAAAUUUGCUUUCACAUCUUUUGGAGUUAAAUUUGAUAGAAAUUUAUGUCGAAGAAACAGAGGAAUAUAUACAUUUCGAGCUCAAGGUCAAAUUUAUCACUAUCUCCCUGAUUUGAUUCCUUCAGAUGGUCAACCUUCUAAUUUGCAGCUAUAUUUCUAUGACAUUGAACAUGAAUUUGAGAAUCGCAUUGUUGACUCAAUCAGAAUGGAUCCUUCUAUUAUUGCUCAACUUAUGGAUCUCCUUCGUGUAAAUCCAUAUUCAACAUUUUUUCGAUUUAUUGGUGAUUUACCAAAUUUAGAAUAUCAAAAAAUCUGUAUAAAAUCAGAUCCUGGUUUAGAUCAACGGGUGUUUAAUGCCCCAACAUCAUCAGAAGUUGCAGCUAUUUGGGUUGAAAAUGAUGAUUCAGAACAUUUAACACCUCGUGAUAUUUUCGUAUUUAAUCAUGUUGGCGGGAGUCAUUUAGUUCAAUAUUAUUUUGGAUGCUAUGAUCCACUUCAGUAUCCUCUGUUGUUUCCUCUCGGAGAUAUUGGAUGGCACCAAGGCAUACAAAGAAUUAACAAAAGAAUUGCAUCUGUAUCUGCCAAUAACUGCACAACUCAAUUAAUUGAUCCUCAUCAAUCAACAUCAGCAGAAGAAUUACUCAGAAGAGAAGAACAAGUUUUAAAGAAAAAGAGAAAAGAUCCCAUUGUUUCUUGCCGUGAAUAUUACUGUUACAAGUUGCAAAUUAGAGAAAAUCUGAAAUCUAUUCUUCUAAUCUCUGGCCGACUUCUUCAACAAUUUGUUGUUGACAUGUAUAUCAAGAUAGAGACUUCAAGGUUAGAUUAUUUUCGUUGCAAUCAACAACAUAUUCGAUCUGAAUUAUAUCAAGGCAUUGUUGAUAGCAUUAAUCUUGGACAAACAAAUGCUUCAAGAAUUGGGAAACGUAUAAUUUUGCCUUCAUCUUUUAUUGGAGGCCCAAGAGAUAUGCAAAAAAGAUAUUUAGAAGCAAUGGCUUUAGUUCAACGAUAUGGCAAACCAGAUAUUUUUUUGACAAUGACAUGUAAUCCAAACUGGAAAGAGAUCUCAACUCAAUUGUUACCACAUGAGGAAACCCAAAAUCGACCUGACUUAAUUGCUCGAAUUUUUAGAGCAAAAUUAGAGGAUCUGAAGUAUGAACUAUUCAAACGAGAAAUAUUUGGAAAAAUCUCAGCAUAUGUUUAUGUUAUUGAGCACCAAAAAAGAGGACUUCCACAUGCUCAUUUCUUAAUUAUAUUGCGUCAAGAUUGGAAAUUAUACGCACCAGAAUCUUUUGAUGAGAUCGUAUCUGCUGAAUUACCUGACAAAGACAACAACUUACAUCUCUAUACAACUGUUAUUAAGCAUAUGAUGCAUGGCCCAUGUGGAGUUCUAAAUCCAACAAAUGUAUGCAUGAAAAAAAAUGGUUGUUGCAAAAAUAAUUACCCAAAACAAUUUGUGUCAAACACUGUUGUUGGAAAUGAUUGCUUCCCAAUAUACAAACGCUGCAACAAUGGAAGAACAGCCAAAAUCAGAGGACAUGAUUUAGAUAAUCGUUGGGUUGUUCCAUAUAACCCUUAUUUACUUGCAAUGUUUGACUGCCAUAUUAAUGUUGAGAUAUGUUCUACAAUAAAAGCUGUCAAGUAUCUCUACAAAUACAUUUAUAAAGGCCAUGAUCGUGUUGCCUUCAAUCUGGUUUCUGAACAAAGCACUCAACAGAUUGAUGAAAUUGAAAGAUUUCAAUCAGCUCGAUGGAUUACUCCACCAGAAGCUAUGUGGAGAAUAUUUGGCUUUAUUAUCAAUGAAGUUCAUCCAGCAGUCUAUAGCUUACAUUUACAUCUUGAAAAUCAGCACCAAGUUACUUUCCGUGCACAUGAAAACUUAACAAAUGUGAUAAACUCUGACUUUUCAGCAAAGUCAAUGCUGACUGAAUUUUUCGCAACAAAUCAAGUUGAUCAGAAUGCCAGAAAAUUGUUGUAUAAAGAAUUUCCUGAAUUUUAUGUUUGGAGCCAACAAUACAAAAUGUGGACUAUUCGGAAAAAACAGGUUGUGAUAGGUCGAAUUGUUACAGCAAAUCCUUUUGAAGGAGAAAGGUAUUAUCUGCGGAUGUUAUUAAAUCAUAUAAGAGGUCCUUUAUCAUUUGAUCAUCUCAAAACUGUCAAUGGUAUCUUGGCCCCCACAUUUCGUGAAGCUGCAACUAUGUAUGGUUUAUUACAGAGAGAUGACAGUUUAGAAGAAUGCUUAUACGAAGCCUCUCUUUACCAAAUGCCUUUCAGUUUAAGAAGACUAUUUGCAACAAUUUUGGUUUACUGUAAUCCUACAAAUCCAAGAGAUCUCUGGGAACGCUUUGAACAAGAUAUGUCUGCUGAUUUUCAAUUAGUUGAAAGUUCUUCAUCAACUGUUAGAACUGAGACUUUACGCUCCAUCUCCACAAUAUUUGAAUCAAUGGGUAGAAACAUUAAUUCGUUCCACCUUAUCAACCAAAACAUUGAUUUUGAUCAAGAUGAGUUUUUGUUUAGAGAAAUUGAUGAUGAAUUAGCUGUUCCAAUUCCAGAAGAAGAUCUUCAUGCAUCAACACUGCUUAAUUGCGAACAACAAAAUGCUUAUAAUUCUAUCUUACAAAAAGUUUUGUCAGAUGAACCUGCGAUGUUCUUUAUUGAUGGUCCUGGUGGUACAGGAAAAACAUUUUUAUACAAAGCACUCCUUGCUACAACAAGAACAAAGCAAUUAAUUGCUCUUGCAACUGCUUCAUCUGGUGUAGCUGCAUCAAUCUUACCUGGAGGUCGAACUGCACAUUCACGAUUCAAAAUUCCGCUACAUACCAACAAAAAUCUCACAUGUAGUGUCAGCAAACAAAGUGGACUUGCAAGAUUACUACAAAAAGUAAAGUUGAUCAUAUGGGAUGAAGCUCCUAUGUCAAGAAAAGAAUCUAUAGAAGCAUUGGAUAAAAUGCUAAAGGAUAUUAAUGAUUCAGAAUUAUCUUUUGGUGGAAAAGUUAUUGUAUUUGGUGGAGACUUUCGUCAGAUUUUACCUGUGGUCCCAAAAGGAACAAGACAACAACAGAUUGAUGCCAGCUUAGUUUCUUCCUACUUAUGGCCAAAAUUGACAAAAAUUCGUUUAACUGAAAAUAUGCGUGCAAGAUUAGAUCCAGACUUCUCAAAAUACAUAUUGGAUUUAGGGAAUGGGUUACCACCAAUCACAAUUAAUGAAUGCGUCAGAAUUCCUGCAGUCAUGUUAAUUCCAUAUGAAAAUGAUGCUGCUUCUUUGGAUCAUUUGGUGGAUACUGUUUUUCAUAAUAUUUCUGAUUAUUCAACAAAUAUUUCAAGCAUGAUGAAUCGAGCUAUAUUGACACCAAAAAACAGUUAUGUUGAUGAAAUAAACACUUUGUUGAUUCAGAGAUUUCCUGGAGAGUUAAAACAAUAUUACAGUUUUGAUGAAACAAUCGACGCAUCUGAACAGGCAGUCAUGGAAGAUUUCUUACAUACUUUAACACCAAAUGGACUUCCUCCACAUGAAUUAUUGUUGAAACAAAACUGUCCAAUCAUGUUAUUGAGAAACAUCAAUCCUUCAGAAGGGCUAUGCAAUGGAACACGACUAAUCUGUCGCAAUUUUGAUCGUAACAUUAUUCAUGCAGAAAUUGCAGUUGGUCAUCACAGUGGCAAAAAUGUUUUUAUUCCAAGAAUUCCAUUUUUACCAAAUCCUGAUGAAAACAGUGGUUUCCCAUUCAAACGAACUCAAUUCCCUGUUAAACUAAGCUUUGCAAUGAGUAUAAACAAGUCACAAGGACAGACAUUAGAUUUUGUUGGGAUAUAUUUACCACAUCCAGUUUUCUCACAUGGACAAUUAUAUGUAGCUUUAUCAAGAGCUAAGACUAUUUCUGCAAUCAAGAUUCUGAUACGACCAAUCUCAACUGAUGAACCAGAAAAAAACUGCACAAAAAAUAUUGUCUACACAGACUUAUUAACAUUGGCCUCCUCUGACUGA